CUAUAGAAAUGUGUGCAAGUCAUCCAGGUUACGCAGAGGGAAAUUCACAUGACCUAGACCAAGAAAAGAAAGAUGAUGCACACUCACCCAACCUAAAAUCCACCGUCUAUCGUCCAUGCCCCACAUGUGCAUCACUAUUUUUCUUCCCAUUUUCUGAUUACUUAACAGGAGUCCACAAGUCAAACGCUGCAGAACCCCCCAAAAAAACAUGGCCUCCUCAACCAACAACGGAGAAGGAGUGAAGCAUCAAAACCCUGCUCCCGCUCCUCCACGCCAAAUAAGCAGCAUCGCGGUCAUCGACGGCUCGGCCGUGGACUCCAUCCUCUCCUUCCCCUCUCUCAUACACCACCUCCGCUCGACCCUCCCAAGCCUCUCCCCUUCCAUACACACCCCCCAUCGGCACAUCCACCCCAUCAUACACAACACCAUCCCCAAUUCCGAUUCUGCCCUCCUCCUCAUGCCCUCCUUCUCCUCCUCCCCUCUCCUCCCUUACCUCGGCAUCAAACUCCUCACCUCCUUUCCUCACUCCUCCCCUUCCAUCAAAGCUUCUUACCUCCUCCUUCACUCUCUAACAGGCCAAACCCUAGCCCUAAUCGACGGCACCGCGCUCACACUCUGGCGCACCGCGGCCCUCUCCGCCCUUGCCUCCUCCUUCCUAUCCGACCCCGACCCGCAGACCCUGACCAUGCUCGGCGCCGGCUCAUUGGCCCCGUUCCUCAUCCGAGCUCACCUCUCGGCCAGGCCCUCUAUAAACAAGGUCAUAAUAUGGAACCGGACCCCGCAAAAGGCUCAAACCCUGGUCCAUGAUCUCGAGCCCGCAGUGGGCUCGGUCAAGUUGGAGUUGGCUCGAGGGCUAGAGGAAGCUGUGAGGGCUGGGGACCUGGUGAGCUGCGCCACUGGUUCGGAGGUGCCUAUGGUGAGGGGUGAGAUGCUGCUAAGAAUUGGUGGGCCUGGAGUUCACUUGGACUUGGUGGGCUCGUUUAGGCCCACUAUGAGAGAGUGCGAUGAGGAGGUCAUUGAGAGAGGGAGGGUUUUUGUGGAUUGUGAGGCUGCUUUUGAGGAGGCGGGUGAGAUUGUGGGGAUGAGGGAGAAAGGGAUUAAGGUGGGUUUACUGGUGGAUUUGUUGAAGGGCCUAGAGAGAGGGAGGAUGAAGAGAGAGGAACUCACUGUGUUCAAAUCGGUGGGCUCGGGCCUCGUGGACCUGCUGAGUGCACAAAUGGUGUACGAGACCUAUAUCCAAGGGAACGUUUAGGCUUAUUGGAGUUGAUAGUUCUUUAUGAUAUUGUAGUCAUUUAUUCCUGGUUUAUUAACUAUUGGAAAUGAAGACUAUUCUGUGUUUCUUUUUUUUUAUAUGUAAUUUCAGUCUCGUAAUCUAUUAAAUUUCGUAUUAUUGUUA